AUGUAAUAUAAGUAGUUUGAUUUGUUUCGUGGGCGGGAGCAUUUAUUCACUCCGAUAAUCCAGUUUCAUGAAUUUGAAAGGUCACCAUUGUCACAUCCCAGAACACCACAUCCCCUUGUUCUCUCAUGCGCCGAAAUUGAAAAUGAAGGGAGAUAACAGUGACUCGUUGCUGUUGAAGUUGGAAGCACCAACGAGAGACGCCAUCUCCAGAGUCCGAUUCGCUCCCCACUCCAACAACCUCCUCAUCUCUUCUUGGGACUCCAGUCUUCGGUUGUACGACGUGGACGCUUCAUUGCUCAGACUUGAAGCUCCUUCCGAAGCUCCCCUCCUCGAUUGUUACUUCCAUGACGAAGCCGUUGCUUUCUCCGCCGCCUCCGAUGGCUUAAUUCGAAGGUAUGAUCUGGAUUCAGGAAUUAUUGAUACAAUCGGUGGUCAUGAUGAUAUAGCAACGUGCAUUGGAUAUUCCAGUGAAACAUGUCAGUUGAUCACAGGUGGUUUUGAUAAAAAGUUACUGCUGUGGGACAUCCGUAUGGAGAAGGCUGUUUCGUGCUUGAGAAGUGUAGCUGCAGAAAUUGACUCCAUGUCUGUCUUGGGGUUUAGUCUUACAGUAGGCAUUGAAGCAUCAGUGCAAGUUUUCGAUUUACGUAAAUUUGACGCGGCAGUUCCUUCAAAGGAACCAUUCAGUGGUACACAUUUAAGAUGUGUCAGUUCAAUUCCUUAUGCAGAAGCUGGAUCAGUAGAUGGACGUGUAGCAUUGCAGAUUUCAGAUUCAUCUGGUUCAAAUGACAAUGGAUAUAUUUUUCGGUGUCAUCCAAAAUCAAAGCAAGGAAAGCAUCAUUUAACACCAGUGAAUGACAUUGCAUUCAGUCCCAUGAUCACAGGUGCUUUUGUCACAGGUGAUAAUGAGGGUUAUGUUACCAUAUGGGAUGCUAAAAAUAGAAAAAGACUAAUUGAGUUGCUUAAAUAUCCAAAUAGUGUUGCGUCCUUGUCAUACAAUCACGACGGACAACUUAUGGCUGUAGCAUCAAGCCAUACAUACAAAGAAGCUAAGAAAACAGGAGAGCGUCUUAUAUUCAUCCAUAGCGUGUACAACGUUGAUGUUGGAUCAACUUCUGGUAUUUGAAGUUAAAUCAUCUUUUGCAGUGCUUGGCAAAGGAAGAUAGAUUCACAGGACACACUACAAGAAAAAUAGCCUACUGUCAUGCUUUUAAAGUAUGCCAAAAAAUGGAAAAAAGCGUAACGAACAGCUUAUUGCUAUGUUUUUUGAGCUAUCAACAUAUUUUUGAAAAGAUCACAUCUGAAAACGUGUCGGUUGUUCUAUUACCAUGUUUUUGUCAAUUUAUUAGCACGUUUAAUUUCUUGCCACGCUUUUUUGUAUGUAAUCCUAUAACUACGUUUUUAAAGCGUGCCAAAAAGUGGACAUACAACGACACUUUUAGAAACAUGCUCAU